UAAAAUAUCAAGACGAUCAUCAAACCACAUUAAAAAGAUUUAUCGAAAAUUAGGGUUAAAGGCUAUAACAAAGUUAAAACAAUAAUAGUGAUAGAAAAAACAUGUCAUUUUUCAAACAAAAUCGUAGUAUUUAUCGUUAAACUUCCUUUCAAUUAACUUCAAUAAUUUAGGUAAUACAUAUUGAAGUCAAAGAUAAAAUAUGUUAUUAAUAAUACUAUUUAUUUAUUUUUUUUUUCUUUUUUACAGACACACGCUCGCGUGCGCGUGUACAUGAUGUGCGUGUAUGUGUUUUUAGCAUUGAGAAAUUUCAUCGAUCGUAAAACUCAAUAUAACUGUAUUCUUGCUAAGCUCAAUAUUCUAUUGCGCGUAUCAUCCUUUAAAACGUCCUGUAGCUAUAUCAUCGCGUGCAAGACCGAAGGCUUGACCUUCCCUUAAAUGUCACGAAAUGUUUCUUUUAGAUUCCAAUUGUCAGGUUAAAUUACUUUAACGACUGCACUCGUAACACGAUACUUGUAUAAGCCGAUUGCGAAUGAAGUAUAUAGAAUAUUUAGAAGAACAACGAAUAAGGGAUGAAAGAAACCACAAACUUCUUGGUGCAUUGGAUAGGGUUGACAAUAGUCUCUCGUUAAUGACCGCAAAAACAGAUAAACUUAAUGUUCUCAGAAAACAAUACGAAACUUAUUUAUUGCGCGUUUAUGCGAAUCGUCAAAAUCCAGGUAGUAUUAUUGGUGACAGCGGUGUCGCAAGUCAAAUCGAUGAAGGAUAUUUUAAGAAAAAUACGUCUGUCGUACAAUUUAGUCAUCAAGUAAAUCAAAAUAUUCCUUUUUCUACGGUUCAAUUUAAUAAAAAAUUAACAAAUAAUCCAUCGAAGACCGAGCAAUUAUUGCAUAUACAAAAUCUACCGCGAACGAGAAUUAUUUCGUCGCCUACUAUUUUAUCCAACAAGAUAAACGUUUCUCGAAGAGGGUCUGAAUAUGAAGGAAAUCUUAAUUCGCCAAAAGACGUAAAAAAUCAACAUUUACAAUUGUCACAAAUAUCAUUACCGCAAAGUCAACAAUCACAAAAAGAUAUUUGCAAUAAUAAAUUCGUGUCACCAUUGAAUCUUGAAAAUAGUCGAAAUCUUUCUGAUCAGUAUUUGCCUAGAUCGAUUUUAGAGAAUGUAGCCUUAAAUCGAUCAUUUCUUUCACAGUAUAAUAAAUUAUCAACAAGCCAUAUGGAGCCAAUCCAAAAUGCUGUAUAUCCUGCUACGAACGAAGCUUUAAUUAGUGAAAACAUGUUACAGCGUAAUUUAUUAAACAUUCCACAAAGUCAAAUAGCGUCGACAUCCGCUCAAUGUCAAUCUGAUAUACCGAUUACACAACACACUUUAUAUCGUGAUACGGAUUUAUACAAAAAUGUCCCACGAUCGAACUUUAGAUUCUCUACUUUGGGAUCGGUGCCAACAAAGAUUACAAAAGCUGAUUCCCCGCGUAGAAUACCGGCAGAAAUGUCUCCAAGAUCUCACGGACAAAUCGAUUAUUUCUCGAAUUAUAGACCAACAGGACAUUCAUAUAACGAUUUAAAAUCUAAAGAAAUGCCAACACAUUUUUUCCCACGAGAUAAUUCGCUUUAUCGUAACAUUCCAAAUUUAACAAGCAGUAUGACCAUGGGUAGAGCAAUGCAUGGAUUAUCAAACAUUCCAAGGGGAAAUACUGAUUUGGAUGAAGAGACUAGGACAACGAGAAAAUUGGAGAACGAGUUAGAUAGAUAUAUCAAUAAAAUUCGGAAUCUUCAUCGAGAAUUAGAUGUACAAAGUUUGGAAGAACAUGAUUACGAACAGAAUACGAGCGGUGAUCUUCUUAAUAUUACGCUUUCCGAUGAUGGAACAGACUAUCCUACAGAUAAAGUAAAAGAUGAACGUGUAUCUCAGGAAGUUGCGAAAGUUCUUGCCUUGGCCAAUGAUCUUGCAUCUAAGAAGCCUUCCGUUAGUAAAAUGGAAUUGUCUUGUGACAAUAAAAAUAAGAAAAUCAAUGGGGCUGUGCCCAAAAAUGAUAAAAAUACAGAAGAUAAAGGUAUGAAUCUUAAUUCUGAGACAAGAUACGACGUUCUGUCGGAUAAAACAUUUGAAACAUCUGCUAGGUUGGAAAAGGGUAAUAUUAAUAAUGAUGUUACAUCGCAUAAUCUAGAAUUAGAACAGUCGGACAAAAAUAUUCAAGACCUUGAGAAAGAGAACUGGAACAACGUAGAGAUUAAAAAUAUACAAGAUCCGAAUGAACACGAGGAAAUGAUCUUACAAAAUAGUGCAGAUGCAAAAGUCGAUAACAGCAAAGCUGUAGUAAAAAAUCAUGAGCAACAGGCGAAGGAAGAUUAUGUCCUGCAAACAGGAAAAGAACUAGAAAUAUCACAACAGUUUUCUAAUGCUGAAUCAUUGAAUCCUUGGGAUGUUAAACAUAUGAUAAAACAAGUUAUAGAAGUACAACCAGAUGAGAUAGAUAAAGAUUUGAUUGAAAAUAACGAGAAUAAAGAAACCAUAUUUGUUAACGAAGAUGACCACGAGAAACAGAUUACAGAAACAUCGGUCAUCCUAGAAAACGAAGUAACAGCGAAUUUAUCCCGUGAACAUGAAAACGCAAUUGUCGAAGAAAUCGAUACAAUUGAACAACAAAAUACGAAUAACAAUUUAGAGAUAACUUCGAACACUCAAAACUUAAGUGAAAACAAUAAAAAGGAAGAAUCAAUUCAAAAUAUUCCACUUACAAGUGAUUAUAUUGAAUAUAAGAAUCAGCGUUACGAAGAUGAAGUAGACGAUAAUAAAAUAGAGGUAAAUCAAGAAAAUAAGAAUAUUGAACAAAACAGUCAAAUAGUUAAUAUUGAUGAUAUUCAACAAGAACAAUUACCGCAACAGAAUACAUCGCACGAAUACUAUGCUUCUAAUGAACAAAACGUUCAAGAACUCGAUCAAGACACUGCAUAUAUAUCCGAUGUGAAUCAAGAAUUCAUAGAACCAAAUCAACAAUAUGAUUAUGAUCAAAAUGCGUUAGGUGAAGAUAAUGACAACCAACAAGAAUAUGAAGGAUAUAUUAAAGAUGAUUACGACGCUAUCAUUGAUCAAAAUGCGAUAAAAACGGAAGAUGAAUAUCUCGAACAAUCGUAUGAGCAAUAUCCAGCUGAUUCUGAACAAGAAUAUAUAGAAGAAAAUCAAGGUUAUCAUGAGGAUAGGGAUAAAUCUAAUGUAUAUGAUGAAAAUUAUGAUACUAAUCAAAUAAAUGAUAAUGAAACAAAUGAAGAAUAUUUAAUGGAACAGUAUAAUACUGUAGAAACUGAUCAGGAUGUUAUUAACGUAGGAACUGAUCAGAAUGUUAUCAAGAUAGAAAAUGAUCAGAAUGCUGUUAACAUAGAAACUGAUCAGAAUGCUAUUAAUGUGGAAACUGAUUACAAUGAUGAUAAUAUAGAUGCUCAGGAUGUGACAGAAAAUUUUGCAAAUAAUGAAAUAGAAAAAGAAUCAAUAAAUCAGAGUAAUAUUAUUAGCGAUAAUGAUCAAGUAUCAAUACCUGUAGAACGAACAAAUCAAUCAAAGAAAAAGAAAGACAUUAUUAAUUCUUUAUUGGAUUCCGAUACGGAAAGUACGAUCGAAAGAAAUAUUUCAAAUACAGAAAGUGACUUUGAUUUUCAAUAAAUUUGUUUAAAUAAUAGCGCGAAUAGUUUUAAAAGAUAAUUCUGUCAGAUAUGAAUCAUUUGAUUUCAAUAGAUCAUGUAAUUUAUAUAUAAGUAAAACAAUAUAAUUAUUGAUUAAAUAUAA